CUAAAGUGUCUUCCAUAAGGGAUUCUCCGACUGCAAGGGCAAACGCCGCAUUCGAGACUGAGCAGGAAAAACUGCGAAAGCUAACGCCAAAGCAUCGCAAAGGAACGCCAAAUGAUAUGAUUUUUGACGAGGAAGUGGCAGCGACGACACAAAAGGUUAUAG